CCGGUUUGCGCUGUAAACGUAGAAACUGUAAUUAUUUACAAUGAGUGGAAGAGGUAAAACCGGUGGUAAGGCCAGGGCGAAGGCUAAGACUCGUUCCUCCAGAGCAGGACUGCAGUUCCCCGUCGGUCGUGUUCACAGACUUCUCCGCAAAGGGAACUACGGCGAGCGCGUCGGUGCCGGUGCUCCGGUGUAUCUGGCCGCUGUGCUCGAGUAUCUGACGGCUGAGAUCCUGGAGCUGGCUGGAAACGCCGCUCGGGACAACAAGAAGACCCGUAUCAUCCCCCGUCACCUGCAGCUGGCGGUGCGUAACGACGAGGAGCUCAACAAACUCCUGGGCGGAGUGACCAUCGCUCAGGGCGGCGUGCUGCCCAACAUCCAGGCCGUUCUGCUGCCCAAGAAGACCGAGAAACCCGCCAAAACCAAGUGAACACGAGAGGACACAACACUCACAAAGGCUCUUUUCAGAGCCACACACUUCCCCUUAAAGAGUAGCUUGAGUUGAUGAAAUUUAAUAGCUUCAUAAUUUUACUUCAUGUAUAUCUACAUGCAUUUAGAGGGUUAGUUCAUCCAUAAAAAAAAACUAUGUCAUUAAUAAACUUAUCCUCAU